AUGUCAAAUUCGGUGGAGGAAAACGUGAGGCAGUCCCUAGUGCAGUUUAUGCAGCAACUUUCAUCAGGAAAUCGCCAAAAUGACCAGAACUGGGGUUGGAACAUGACUUCAGACCCCUGCAAUGACAAUUGGGUGGGUGUAGCAUGCGACUCGCAGUUGCAAACUGUACAAAAGAUAGUUCUUCAUGAGUUCAAUUUCAGUGGAAGUCUUGAUGCCAGUUCUUUAUGCAUGGUAAAUUCUCUUGUUGUAUUGAGCUUGAGAAAGAAUAAUAUUGUCAACAUCAUACCUGAAGCGAUAGGAAAAUGCAAAAGCCUAACUCACUUAAAUUUAAGGGAAAACAGAUUAUCAGGUUUCAUUCCUGAGGGUCUUUCUCAGUUGCGUAGCUUGACAAGGCUUGAUAUAUCCAACAAUCAACUUAGUGGGAAGAUACCGGAAUUUAACUUCACCAAGCUUCAGGAAUUUAAUGUCUCAAACAACAAUUUGACCGGUCCAAUUCCUGAUCAAGGCAUGUUCCCUGCUGACAGCUUUUAUGGUAAUCCUCAAUUAUGCGGCAAGCCACUAAAUGCAUGCCCACUAUCAAUUGCUCCAGCACCAUCACCAGUAGCAGAAGCUCCAGAAUCAUAUAAAAGUAAAAUCUUAAUGGCUCUUUUUGCUUUGUCCAUCUUAAUAAUUAUCUGA